CGCUCGUUCCGGUAUUCGAAAAAUAAUUUCAAAAAUAUUUUUAUAAAAAAAAAAUUUUUUUUUACCUUUGAUAUUAAAUUAAAAAUUCUAAAAAUAAAAAAAAUAAUGAAAAAUUGUUAAAAAAAAGUGCAAUUUUAUAAAUAAAAAAAUCUUAAAAAUUAAAAAAUUAAUUUUUCAUAAAAAUAAAACACUUAAAAACACAUCAAACAAAAAAUAAAAAAUGUCGUGGAGAUACGCGUACUUACCUGGUAGCUACCGAUCAAAAUCCGAAUCGAAGAAAAUGACAAACUACGAACAAACGACGGGACGACAACUCCAACGGAUAUUGCACUAUUCCGUGACGCCUUGUAGACCAUUGCCGGGCUUUCGACGAUCAACAGAUGCGCACUUUGAUGUCGAUUGCGACGAAGUUUAUCCCAGACUUUAUAUUGGAGAUGCUAACGCUGCCAAAAACAAACAGUAUUUGAAGAUCAUGGGAUUCACACAUGUGCUAAAUGCCGCCGAAGGAACUCGUUUCGGGCAAGUUGAUACAGGCCAUUCAUACUAUCGUGACAUGCAAAACAUGAGCCGAAAAACCAAUUUCAGAUACAUGGGCUUCCCGCUGAUCGAUCAGCCCAGCAGCGACAUCUCCCGUUACUUUUACAUCGCAGCCAAAUUCAUCGAGAACGGCAUCAACAGCGGCGGAAAGGUUCUCGUUCACUGCAUGGUUGGCAUGUCACGAUCCGCCACAUGCGUCUUGGCUUAUCUGAUGAUUUGCAAACGGAUGUCGGCAACGGAGGCAAUUCGCACGGUACGCAUGCAUCGCGAUAUUCGACCCAACGACGGUUUCAUUCAACAAUUAGCUGACUUGGACAAUGAGUUGAGACGCGAACGGGAUCGUUGUUAUUAAAAAAAAAUAUGGAAGAAAAUUUAAAAAAAAAAUAAAUAAAAAAAUGUUUAAAUUAUAAGUUGAUAAAAAAUAGAAAUAAUCAAAAUAAUAUGCAUUAAUUUAGAGUUUAAGAAAAGAAAAGCGCUAGAAGCGAUAUUUUUAAUAAAAAAUUUUAUUUUUUUAUAAUUAUUAUUUUUUAAAUUAAAUUAAACCAAAAAUAUGACUUAAAAAGUCUUUAAAAGAAUUUCAAAUAUUUAAAAAAAAUAAUAUUUAAUUUAUAUUUUUAUUUUAAAAAAAAAUAUUUUUUAAGAUUUAAAGAACUAACCCAUUCCUUUUAAAUAAAUUUGUUAAAUUAAAUUGUCAAAGAAAAAAAAUAAUUAAAAAUAUAGUUUGAAAAUUUUAUUGAAAAAAAAAUUUAGAUUGUAACUCAGGAUACAACGGAAAAAAAUAAAUAAAUUCAAAAAUGAUGAGAAAAAAUAAUUUAAAUUAAAAAAUAAAAUUAAAAUUAAGACACUUGCACCGGAUUGUGAGUUAUUCAAAUGUUCAAGAGUGACUUAAAAUUAUCGAAAAAUUUAUAGAUGUGGCUAUUUAAUUUAUUUCAAAAAAAUAAAAUAAAAAAUUUAUUGAUAGAAAAGUGGUUCUUAUAUUGCAAAGAAAAUUAACAGACGAUAAAAGAAGUGCAAAUAACAAACCAAAAUUUAAAGCUAAGUCAAAAAAAAAAAUAAAAUAUUAAAAAAAUAAGCAAAUAUAUAACAUAAAUUUUAAGAAAAAUAAAUAUUUAAUAAAUAAAACACAAAAUAUAAAAUUUAUUCAAUAUAUAUUGAGAGAAAAUAUGCAAUUUUUUUAAAGAAAAAAUUUAUGAAAAUAAUUUAUAUGAUUAACAAUAAAAAAAAACAUUUAAAAUGAAAAGGAGAAACUUUAUGAGCAAAGAUAGAAAAUUUAUGUGAAAAAGAUGAUAUUUAAUAAAAA